GUAUAUACUCGUAUUACAGUCAACCAGAGCAAACCUAUCUCAAUUGCUGAUACGCGCACGCCGAUCGUUGUAGUGUACAAAAUGGCUCCUCAAAUUAAAUAUACGAAGCUGUUCAUCGACAACGAGUGGGUGGACGCGAAGAGCGGCAAAACAUUCGAAACGCGCACUCCUCACGAUGGAUCCGUCAUAGCCAAGGUGGCCGAAGGCGACAAAGCUGACAUCGACGAAGCAGUGAAGGCAGCGCAUCGCGCCUUCCACCGCAACUCAGAGUGGCGACUGUUAGACGCGUCCCAACGAGCAGUCCUCCUCAACAAGCUCGCUGACCUCAUCAAACGUGACGCCGUGUACCUUGCAGAGUUGGAGACCUAUAACAACGGCAUGGUUAUUGGCAUGUCCAUGCACUUUAUGGACGCUGUCAUAGCUAACAUUCGGUAUUUAGCCAGUUUGGCCGACAAGAUUCAGGGGGAUACUAUUCCUUCAGAUGGCGACACGUUUGCAUACACACUGAAGCAGCCGGUGGGCGUAGCUGGGCUGAUUCUGCCGUGGAAUGGCCCCAUAUUUAUUUUCGCCAGCAAAGUCGCCACUGCUUUGGCUGCUGGUUGUACGGUGGUGGUCAAGCCUGCAGAGCAGACGCCUCUGACUGCAUUAGCGUUAGCAGCAUUGGUGGCCGAGGCUGGCUUCCCGCGAGGUGUGGUUAAUGUGGUCAACGGGUAUGGGCCCACCGCAGGGGCUGCGCUUACGCACCACCCACAAGUCGCAAAAAUCUCAUUCACCGGAUCUGUUGAGGUUGGCAAGCUGAUCCAGCAAGCCGCUGGGGUGAACAACCUGAAGAGGGUGACCCUGGAGCUUGGCGGGAAGAGUCCUCUAGUCAUAAUGGAUGAUGCCGACUUAAACGUCGCUAUCCCAUUCGCCGCGAAUGCAGUCUUCACCCACCAGGGUCAAGUGUGCAUUGCCGCUUCGCGUCUGUACGUGCAAGCUGGGAUUUACGAUAAGUUUGUGGCUGAGGCUGUCAAACAUGCGCAGGCGCGUAAGAUCGGCAACCCUGCAGACGCCACUACGCAACAUGGACCACAGGUCGAUGAAGAGAUGAUGACAAAGGUGCUGGGUUACAUCGAGAAGGGCAAGAAAGAGGGAGCGAAACUACUGACGGGAGGCAAACGUGUCGGCAAAAUGGGGUAUUACAUCGAGCCGACUGUGUUCGCCGAUGUCAAGGAUAACAUGACCAUUGCCAAGGAGGAGAUUUUCGGGCCUGUCCAGAGCAUCCUGAAGUUCGAUACUCUGGAGGAGGUCAUUGACCGCGCCAACGACACCAGCUACGGCCUGGCCGCUGGUAUCUUCACGACUAAUGUCAACAAUGCUCUGCAGUUCUCCAAACAUGUCGAAGCCGGUGUAGUUUGGGUCAAUCAAUAUUUUGCAAUGGGUUCCCAAGCUCCCUUCGGAGGUUUCAAAGAUUCUGGAAUCGGAAGAGAAUCGGGCUUCCACUGUGUCGACGCCUAUUUGGAAGUAAAGACUGUGUCUAUAUCGCUUCCAAAGAAGUUUUAAAUUGAAAACUCAAUGAGGCAGCUAAAAUGACUGAGACAAUAAAUAUUAUAUUAACUUUUAACUUUGAUAAGAUUGUAUAUAAAUAAUUUAACGAAGUGUGAUUUAAUAAUAAAGUUUAUUUUCAGUAACUAAAAUUUA